AAGGAAAUUACCUAACCUAUUGUUCUUCCCGUUCUGAAGACUCGCCCUUUUUCUUCAUUAGUUUGAGAAAUUUUCUCCAAUGGGAACUGAAACAAAGGCACCUUCUUCUUCCUCAGACAGCUCUAGCAGCCAUCCUUCAGCUCUUUUCACCACAGCCUUAUCUAAAGACAGAGAAGAAGAUAAAAUCACAGAGUUAAGGCUCGGCCUUAAUAUCUCAAAUUCCACUUCUCUACAAAAGAAUUUUCACACUGCAAGAGAACAUCAACCAGCUAACUGGCCACCAAUCAAACAUUUCAUGUCAAAUGCAAUGAAGGAGAGAAAAAAAUGUCAAAAAAAUUCAACAUUUUUCAUCAAAGUAUACAUGGAAGGGAUUCCAAUCGGCAGAAAAAUAGAUUUAUAUACUGUUGAUGGAUAUAGCGGAUUGAGAGAGAAGAUUUCCAACAUGUUUGCAGCUCUCAUUCUCUCAUCUGAUCUUGUUGGAAUAAUUUCGGAAAAGCAUUAUGUGCUCACUUAUGAGGAUAAUGAAGGUGAUUGGAUGAUGGUGGGAGAUGUUCCUUGGGAUGAUUUCUUGAUAACUGUGAAGAGAUUGAAGGUUGCAAGUGCUGAGAAAUGCUAGGACUCAUACUCUUUUUUUUUUUACCCAAGUAAGAAAUAUGUUAAAGAGAGUUGCCAUGUUAAUUAAUUUUGUUAAUUUUUUUCUAAAGUUCUUCAAUUACUUGUAUUUAUUUUGAGUCAAUGAGUCUGAACUUUGAUUAAUUUGGAGGUUUCUCACAUAUUAAGAAAAGAAUGCAGAAGAAGUUACUUCACUGAAUACUGUGGUCCUUCUCUGAAGUAUCUGAAUGGCUUUAAAACCUCACACAGAAGGAAAGAAACUGAAGAAAAUUUAUUGCUAUGGACUUUCUUCUUAUCUUUAUUAAUCCUUUCUUUUUUCUAGGCAUCUGCUUUCCACAGUGAUGUGGUCCUUAGACAACUAUGUCUUCUUUAAUUUUUGAAGGAUGGCUGAUGUUAGUGAUUC